GAGUUCUUGAAUCUCGGAAAGGAGAGAAAAGAUGCCGAGAUUACGGGAAGAAACGUGGAUAUUUUGGGUGCUCUUCGCAACCAGUUUGAUCGCUGAAACAAAAGCAGCGAACUUCAGUUGCAAGCAAARUGAAUUCGAGUGUUUUAAAAACAAGACCUGUAUUCCCAUCACCUGGAGAUGUGAUAGUGAAAAUGACUGCCCAGAUGGUUCAGACGAGAAAAACUGUCCUCCCAUAACCUGCAAUGCUGGAACGCAAUUCAAAUGCAACAAUGGUCAUUGCAUCCCMAGRAGAUGGGUAUGCGACUUCGAUGACGAUUGCAAAGAUGGWAGUGAUGAAUUGAAAUGUGCUCAGACAACUUGUAGCUCUUCUGAAUUCACAUGUGGAAAUGGACGGUGUGUCCCUAAAAGAUGGCUCUGUGAYCGMGAAGAUGAUUGUGGAGAUAGCACUGAUGAGAGAAAUUGUGGAAACCGGACUUGUCCUAACAAUGAAUUCACUUGUGAUAAUGGGAAAUGUAUCUCAAGAAGCUGGCUGUGUGACCAGGACAAUGACUGUGGUGAUGGAUCAGAUGAAAAGCAUUGUCCACCUCACACUUGUAGACCCAAUGAAUUCACAUGUGCAAACAAGCAUUGUAUUGCACGACAGUGGAGAUGUGAUGGUGACAAUGAUUGCACUGACAACUCUGAUGAAAUUGGCUGUCCAAAUAUUUCUCCAUAUUGCAAAUCUAAUGAGUUUCAGUGUGAUACUGGGACUUGUAUACAUAAAAGUUGGGUYUGUGAUGCAGAAGCUGACUGCAAAGAUAAAUCAGAUGAACGGGGAUGCCCUGCUGUAGAUACGUGCCAUAUCAGUAAAUUYACCUGCGACAACAAAAGAUGUAUUGCAUUGCAUCUAAAAUGUGAUGGACAAGAUGACUGCUUGGAYAAUUCAGACGAGAGAGGCUGUCGUAAGUAUUUUUAUUAUCAAUGUACAUGUACAUGUCAAAAACAAACAAAGCUUGAAAAUAUAGAACGAUGUGGCAUGAAUGGUGAUCCCAGUACCAGGACAGCCAUUAUCACAACAAACCUACAGUGGCCAAAUGGUCUUACAAUUGACUAUACUACAGACAAGAUCAUAUGGGCUGAUGCAAAAAUCAACACCAUUGAAUCUGCUGAUCUUGAUGGAUCGAACAGAAGAGUUAUCAUCAGUCAUAAUAUCUACCAUCCWUUUGGCAUUGCCGUUUUCCAGGAAUAUAUUUACUGGACAGAUUGGGAAAAAGACAGUAUCUACAUGGCAAAUAAAUUCACUGGUGGAAGUAGAAUAGUACUGCGUGGUGGACUGUACGCACCUAUGGGUAUUUGUGUWAACCACCARCAAAAACAGCCACAAAGAGGAAUGAACCCUUGUGGYRGCAAUAAUGGUGGCUGUAGUCAUAUAUGUCUUCUUGCACCAAGACCCAAGACYCAUACUUGCCACUGUCCUGAAGGCACUGUACUAUUGGAAGAUGGGAAAACCUGUAACACAUCAGAAGCCUUCAAUUGCACUAGUGAUUAUUGUCAAAACAACGGCACAUGUCAAGAUGGACAAGGAAGUAAACCACGCUCGUGCAAAUGUCCAGAAAACUACCAUGGAACACGCUGUGAGAUACCAUUUCAUGAUGGCGGCAUUAGCCCAACAUCUAGUAAGAGCAAAAAGUCGGUAGAAGACAUAGGUACCACCAUUGGGAUAGUGGUGGGUAUUGUGUUAUUUAUUCUACUAGUUGCAUUACUACUUGGUUGCCUGGUACAUCGACACAUACAGAAAAGAUACGAUCCCAAAUCAAUGACCUUUGAUAAUCCUGUAUAUAAGAAAACAACUGAAUCAAACAGCUCUCUGGAUAAUAUAACGUUAUACUUCUCACGGAAUAGUAGAAGAGGACAAAGUUUACUGAGUUCCUUCAGGAACGAAGUUGAAAUGGACAGUUCUUAUGCCGUUUCAUGAGGUACCAAGUAAAUAUACUUAAUUGCAGAAGUCCCUUGUGAGCCAAACAAACUCAAAACAAUGGUUUGAUAAUAGUCUUCUAUGAGACACAAUUGUUUUGGCUUCUCAAAUUCAAUAUUUGAAUUUAGGUCUCCUGCAAAAGUAUAUGUUACUGAUCAAAACAUAAAUUCUCAAAAAGAAUAUUUGAAAAUUAUUUGCGAGAAUUUGGGUUUUGGUCAUGUAAUUCAGAUGAUAAAUUAAGUUGUUUAUAUUAAAAGUAUAUGAUAAUUGAUAUGGAAGAUAUCUUCUUGCAAGACAACAAGAUACAACAUUUUCAGAAAGAAAAUCUUKAAUAUUGAAUUUUUCAUAAAAAAUCUCUAAAAUUACUCUUGCAUUAGUAUCUAUUGAUUCAAAGUGGUCUUCAUGAAUUAUCAAGGAAUUAUUAUCUAUUAUAAUUGCUAGAGUUGAGGUMAUGGCAUGUUUGUUGUUCACUUAGAAAGGGUUUCUCACCAGCAUGCAUGCCCCAAAUAUGUCUGCCAGGCUUUUUGUUURAUUCUCWAGGGAUUGAUURAAAAUCAGCAWUUCAUCCAAAUCUUUUUWAAAAUGUCUGUAUACUGUUGUCUUGUCAUGGAGGACCCAUACCACUGUACAGAGAGUUCUAUAAUAUUAUAAAAAAUCUACGACCAAUAAUAUCAUUGACAUCCAGGUGAUGUAAACUAUGUACAAUAUGAUAUAUAUAUGCAACUAUAUAUGUAUGUUAUUUAAGGCUUAUAAGUGCAGGGUAAAAUAAUGCCGCCGCUAAAUGCCAGUAUGCACCUCGAGUUGAUAAAAUGCUGUCCAGAUUGUGUACAUAUUUGAUAGAUAAAAUGGACAAAAUGUUUUGUAUUGCUAUUUUUCUAUCCUGGAGAUAGAAAGAAUGUUUGCUGCACAACAGCUGGUCUUGUGUAGACUUGUUUUGUAUUACUGAUGAUUUUGCCAUGUGAUAUCUAUUUUUAAAAUAAAGUUUUUUAUAGUUUCAUAAGAAUAGUAAGAAAGCUCUUAAUGUAAUCUUGUCAUCCUCGUCUGGUUUUGGCAGAGGUGUAGCCCUUCCUUCCACCAUGUUUUAUCAUUGAACUAAGAKAAUCUCCAUUGUGAAGUUGUGAAUAACAGUAACAAUUCUUCUUUUUUCAAUGCUUUCAACUCCAAAAAAAAAAAUCAUUCUGCUUACUGAUUAACUGAUUAUAUCUCAAAUUCUUUGUGUAGUUUGUCUAAUAAUUUACACUACACUAUAUUUUGGCCUUUAUUAUGCUCUUUUAUGACAAAGUUUGCAUAUGAGUAUCAACUUAAGAUUAAAAAGGGUUCCAGCCAUUUCUUAAAUCUAUCACAACGUGUUAGUUAUUUAGAUUUCCAGUGGUAUUCAAUCCAAACCCACUUAAAUUUGAGAAAUCCAUCAAAAAAAUUCAAUCCAUCAAAAAAAUUUUCAAAAAAAAUCCUUGAACAUUUUACAUAAAUGUAGUUUAAGGUUAUUUGGAUAGAAAAAAUAGCAUGUGAAAAUUAAAUGGAAGAAUAUGAAUUCUCAGAGUAAUCUGCAGCCAAAAAACCUUCAUGCCAGACUGGAGGAUGAUAAUUUUCUACAGAGCGAUAGCGAUGAAUUUUGUAGCAGCUCAAACUAGUUUAUUAUAAUGCUCAAUGCGCAAUAAUGCUCCACUUUUUGUGUUASAAUCUUACCCUGCACACAUGAUUGUAAAUAAUAAUUAUUAUUAACAGUACGUUGUAACUGCAAUGCUCUUUGUCCCUUGCUGAAUUUGUAYAGAAUAUAAAUGAGUUCUACUGCAGGGAACUUGGAACAGGGCAGAGUAUUUUUGUUUUCAUGUUUUGUUUGAAAAAUAUUUUGCUCAUUUGAUGAAACAUUUAAUUCUCAUUGAAAUCCAUAUAUUUCAAAAUGGAAAUUUGGCUUUUGAUUCAUCAUAUAUCACUGAUGAAACGUGGUUAGGAGAAUUUAUCAUAGUUUACUGYGACUGAAAACCACAUUUGCAGAGUGCAAACCAGCUCUGCUUUUGAGAAAGUUGAUGUUAGUCUAUUCCACUUUGAAAUAUAAAAAUAUAUGGUUUCAACAGUGAUUGACUGUAAAUAAGUAUGUAAAUUAUUAGGUAUCUAACAUAGCUAUAUGUUGGACUUUGUCUAGCAUCAUUUGAGUAUCAUCAAAGGACAUAUUGAUUCUAUGAAAUCAGGAAUAUUUUGCUGUUAAGAUAUCUUUGUGGCAUUGAUUGAGGGCUUUAUAAGUUAUAAUGUCGCUGUACAAGUGAUCAUUAUGUUAGAAUCACUUGUUGAGUAGGGUUUAUCUUCUUUUUAUUUCAUAAUGCACUGUGUUUAUUGAUUUAGUAUUCAAACUUUUUUGUUUCUAUUUGUUAAUUAUAAAGGGAUUUUCUGUUAAACAUGGAAGAAAAGCAAGGCUAACUGUUAAUACUGUUGUUAACGUUAAACGCAUUGUUUCCCUUUGUUCCUUAACAAAUUAUACUACCUAGAUAAUCUUUUUCUUCCCUGAGUUGACAGAAAUUCAAUCUAAUCUAGAGAAUCAAUAAUUAUAUGAUUAAAGCAAUCCUGUUUUUCUUUAGUUAGUCCUUACACUUAACCCAUAUAGCUAGUAGACUUAAAGUUAGUCUCAAUUGGAGUAUUAGACUAUAACAAUCUUCAGUUAGUGUGUUACAAGUUAAGUGUAAUGACUAGUUUCUAUAUAGUAAUCAAAUGAAAAACUACUGCAGUGUUUGCAUUAGAUAUUGUUUCAUGGGUUUAUGGAUUUAGUUAUUACUUCAUAGGCAUAUGUUAAACCACACUAUUUAAUGGAUAAACUAGCAAUAUAGGAUGCUGUAUAAUUUAUCAUCCGGUCAUUCAAAGGUUUCCAAAUUUCACAAACAUUUUAAAUGACUUGAAGAUGAAUUGUGCAAAACAAUGYCUUCUAUCUCGCUGCUUUUUCUAUUGAACUGUAUUCCAUUAWAAUAAUAAUUGUAUUUAAAAGUUCUUUACUAUCCAUAUAGACUGUGUAUGAUGUGUGUAAAUACAUUGACUUUGUACAGUUUUAAAUUAAAACAGCAAAAUUAAAGAGAAAAUGGCUUCACUGUU